AGCAGUUAUUGUAGAAGAUACUUUUAUUUCAGUCUGACACUGGACUACAAGGAGUAUAUUUAAACUACAUUAAGAUAUGAGGCUCGUCGGCAUAGUUGUUAUUGUCUCUCUGCUAAAGCAUGCAGGAGCUAAAUGUUAUGAUAGCACUAGUUUUCCUUCAUGCGACAACAUUAUCACUUGUGGAGGGUCUUGCAUAGAUGACAAUGGAUGCUUUUGUAAUGAUGACACAACGCUCUGUGUCCCUACUGAGUGUUUAAUCAAACCCACCCUCUGCUGUCCUCCUGGGUUGUUCUGGGAUGAUGUUAACUACUGCUGCUCAGAGGUUUUGGUCUGCAGCCCCCCCUGUUUAGAUGAUGAAAAUUGUGUCAAUAUCAAUAAUAUUUCAACUUGUGAGUGCAACACCACUUAUUAUAAGAAAAAUACAACUAAAGCCGACAUAAAGCCCUUAAUUGAUUGUUCUGGUGGAGUUAUGACAUUCUCUAUUGGUCGCUGUCUCCUGAAUUUCCUUGGAUAUAAUUAUAAAACCGUACAAGUGCAGAACAAAUCCGAACAGUGCAAUUCCACUUAUUCUCAAGUUAUCAAUGGUCAUCGUGUACAGAGUCUUCAGUUAAGAGCCCAGUCUCAGUUUUGUGGGAACAAAAUGACGAUGGAUUCCUCCAAAAUAUACUACUCAAACACAAUUUAUAUUGAUAUUCUGCAAAAACCAAUUAUCUCUGUAACUCCUAUUGAAAUGAACUUCACUUGCUCUUAUGCCCUGAAUAUGCAGGCCAACAUCAGCUUUGGUGUAUUGCAAAGCAUCACCUAUCUCACACCAGUCAAUGGACAAGGCUUAUAUCCCCUUACCAUGAAAGCUUUCAAGGAUGCAAAGAUGGCAAUACCAUUCCAACCAAAUGAUAAUGUGAUAGUAGGAGAUGAUGUCUUUCUUAGCUUGAUUGUUGGCAAUGCAGAUGGAGCUCAGUUUGCACUGAGGACUGUUAAAUGUAUCGCUACUCCCACAAAUAGCAUUAUAGAUCCCAACGGCGUGCUGUUAGUUACAGGAGGCUGUUCCGCUGAUGAUGGAGUUGAGACAGAAAUAUUAGAAAAUGGAAAAAGUGUUGAGUCGCGGAUCAGAAUUAGUUCAUUUCAAUUUGACGGUUAUCUUGAAGUGUUCAUUUUCUGUGAAGCACGACUGUGUGAGAAUCCAGCAGACUGCACUGGAUGUAAAGAGGGUCGAGCAGCAGAGCCUGGUUCUGGACAAGUUAUGAUACCACUUUCUUUAGAAGAUAGUAUAAAUUUCAGCAACUCUGGUUCCAAUGCAGCUCUGUCCUGGACUGUGUUAGCUGGCUGUUUUCUUCUGUACAAUACAUUCUACUGAGGACAACCAUAAUAUCAUCUUCAGAAUUGGAGAAUAGACAGAAAUUCUCUUUAAAUAAAUAAAUAUUUAUUCUUGGGAAACUAUAUAUUUUCCCAACCCUAUCAGUAUACAUAUAUGUGAAUUUGCACUGAGGGAAAUUUUCAGUUGUCUUAUUCUUGAACAUAUCUUCUGUUCUAACAAAUCAAUUUAAUUCUUCCAUCUCCACUCAAUAUUAAGAUAGAAUUUUGAUAAAUGAAGGUGUUCUGCCAAAUGUAUAAUACAAAAUGAUGCUGGAAAUUUGUAUGUUUUUUUUUGUAUAUAAAAUAUAUUUUGUUAUAUAUUAAAA